GCCGAGGCGGUUCCGCUGGCUGGUGUGUAUGCGACGGUCAACUCCCGGUGCUCGGCUGCUGCCGCCCGCAACCUUAGCCUCGACGCCAGCUGCGGCCUGGCCGCCGCCGGAACAUGGACCCCGCAGGCCAAGAUAUCAACCUGAAUUCUCCUAACAAAGGUCUGCUGUCUGACUUCUUGACUGAUGUCCCUGUGGACACAGGUGUGACUGCCCGGCCUCCUGCUGUCGAGGGCCUGACGGAGGCUGAGGAGGAGGAGCUCAGGGCCGAGCUCGCCAAGGUGGAAGAGGAAAUUGUCACUCUGCGCCAGGUCCUGGCAGCCAAGGAGAGGCACUGUGGAGAGCUGAAGAGGAGGCUGGGCCUCUCCACCUUGGGGGAGCUGAAGCAGAACCUGUCCAGGAGCUGGCAUGAUGUGCAGGUCUCUAACGCCUAUGUGAGAACUUCUGAGAAACUUGGAGAGUGGAAUGAGAAGGUGACGCAGUCGGACCUCUACAAGAAAACUCAGGAAACUCUCUCGCAGGCAGGACAGAAGACUUCUGCUGCUCUGUCCACGGUGGGCUCUGCCAUCAGCAGGAAGCUCGGAGACAUGAGGGCCCACCCAUUCGCACACUCCUUUAGCAGCAGCUACUCCAUCCGCCACUCGAUAAGCAUGCCGGCCAUGAGGAACUCUGCAACCUUCAAGUCGUUUGAAGACCGAGUUGAGACCAUAAAGUCCAAGGUUGUGGGUAGCAGAGAGAAUGGCAGUGACAGCCUCUCUUCCCCAGCGGGGAGUGGUGACCAGACCCUGCCGGAUCACACACCUUUCUAAGCCCGCAGUAGCUUCACCCAGCCAUGGACAGCGUGCAAGCACACCCUCCUCAUCAUAGCCAACCACAGCUCCGCGCAGUGCAGCUGCCAGCAAGGGCGGACGGACAGCUGAUUUUGAGGACAGGCGUGCCCAUCACACGUCAAUGUGGCUGCUGCGUUCACAUGAGUUAGAGAACAUUCUCUUGUAUACAGACGUUUUACACUAAAGUUCACAGACGAAAUGGAUCACUGUGCCAUCCUUCCUAGGGGUGCAGGAAGUGGACAGGUAGGAGGGUCCAAAGGGGUGCUGGGCCCAAGCUCCCUUUGGGGACCUUGGUAGCUCAUCACAGUGUUGCAGGAAUGAGAGGGGUCAGAAGUGUAAAGUAAGCAGCAUUUUCUGACCCUUCCUCCUCCUCCUUCUCCCACCCCCCCAACUCACGGAAGGAAAUAGCCACCCAGAAAACCUACCUGAUCUGCAGGUAAGGUUGAACACGAAAACUGUCCAAUUUCUGAGACCCCCAGAAAGUAAACUGAUCAUCAGCAGCUGCCUGAUUGUCACACUAAUGAUCUAGCUUUAACAAAAGCAAAUUUAUUAUUUUUUAAGUGCAGUGGACUUUUCAAAUAUUAAAAUUAGGCACAGCAGCUUUAGCCUCAUAGUUAGAGAAUAUUAUUUCUUUGGACUCAAGCUGAAAUACAAGCCUUACAUCGCCUUAUGCUUUGUUUAUAAUCUUUUUAUAUAUAAAAAUGAAGGUUCUUUAAUGAGUUUUCAGCACUAUGUAGAAUUUUACAUCUAGCCCGAGUGGCAGCCUGCCUGUACUAAUUGGUGUGUUUUAAUUCAUGAAUGCACUCUAUCCCAGUGUACAAAAUGUACUUCUCUCUGUGACUGUGGCAGCUCCCACUGGCUCCCCAACUUUGACCCAAAGGGCCCCUCGCCUCUGGGGGUGGGAGGGGCCAAGAGAAGGAAAAGCCUCUGUCUUUAGCUCCCUUGAAAAGAGAUGUACCCGCCCUUCACAGACUAUCUUCACAUGGGCCUGGGUAUGCACUGGUGGCACUGGUCAGUGACUCCACUGUUCACUGCACAAAGGACGAGAAGCAGAACCAACCUUGCAAGUUGGUGGGGGAUGGAGCAUUGCGAUCAGCUGGAACUUGGGUGUCGCCUUUUCUCAGGUGCUACAGAGAUCUCUUUCCUGUUUUUAAACUGCCACACCUGGCAGCUCCUCUCACACCAGGGCCCUGUGUGCUGGGAGGUGUGGUCUAUGGGGGCAGCUCUGUGCCUUCAUGGCUCUUAGCAGGGCACUGAGACCUUGCCCGCUGUGUGCAUGUCUGCACACUCCCUUGGAAGGAGCCACUUGACUUAAGGUGUCUGGUUUGGUAAAACGGGACAUGUCCUUGGACAACCAAAUGUCCCCAGCCACUUCAGACACUUGGGGGGCUGCCCUCCACACACGAGCAGGAUGUAGGGACAGAGCACUGCUCGGGAUCCUUUUUCUGGGUUGAAACCUGUCAGUGGGGUGUGGUGAGAAGGCAGAUUGCAGGGUGGUAACAGGUGUAUUUUCUCUUUAUAGUCAAUAAUGGUAAUUUGUCAAUAAAGCAUUCCUUUGGGGAAAAAUC